GGUAUUUUACACAAACAAUUUCAUUUAUUCCAUUUCAGCUUUAAAUGUGGGGAUGAGUUUUUUGGGUAUAAGAAAGGAACUUAAUGAUGAAGAAAAGCCGAUUCUUGGGGUGAGAAAUCGAACAACUUCAACCGAACGAAAAGUCGAGGGGACCUCCAACCAUGUUGGUGGAGAGUCUAGCAGCUCUGUCAGUGGCUCCUCAUCAAGCCGAGGUACAGACCAUACUGACAAUGUGGAGCUCAUCUCUGCUGUGUAUGAGAGCUUGGACUAUGAUGUCUGUGAAAAUGAACUUUACCAGAAAGAAGAAAGAUCCAAGUCAACUAAGGAAAUACUUUACAAGGAAAUCGGCCGUUGGGUUGUGAUGUUUUUGAUUGGCGUCUGCACAGGACUGGUUGCUUGUUUCAUUGAUUACAUGGUCGAGCUGGGAUCAACUCUCAAAUAUGCCUUUGUGAAAGACUAUGUUGAUACCUGUACUGUCAGUAACUGUCUGGCAGUUCCGUUUAUUCUCUGGUUUGUAUUUAAUGCUGGAAUUGUCAUGGUGGGAGCCACAAUGACAGCAUAUGCUGCACCAGUGGCAGCAGGCAGUGGUAUAUCACAAAUAAAAUGCUUUCUGAAUGGGGUCAAAGUGCCGUCAGUGGUCAGAAUAAAGACGUUAAUCUGUAAAGUGCUGGGGGUGGUGUGUGCAGUGUCUGGAGGGCUCUGUGUCGGCAAGGAAGGCCCGAUGAUCCACUCAGGAGCUGUCAUCGCCGCAGGGGUCUCUCAAGGAAGAUCAACAACAUUUAACUUAGAUUUUAAGGUAUUUGAGUUCCUUCGAACUGACACAGAAAAGCGUGACUUUGUGGCUGGUGGGGCAGCAGCUGGUGUGGCAGCCGCAUUUGGGGCACCUGUUGGUGGGGUGCUGUUCAGCCUGGAGGAAGGGGCUAGCUUCUGGAACCAGGCUUUAGUCUGGAGAAUUUUUUUUGCUUCCAUGAUCUCCACUUUUACACUCAAUGUUGUACAGAGCUACGUCAAAAGCCACCCUAUGGAGUUAUCUUCCCCUGGUUUAAUUAACUUUGGAAAAUUUGAGGCCACAACAUAUUCUGGAUUUGAAAUACCCAUUUUUCUAGGCAUGGGGAUCAUAGGAGGGCUGUUAGGAGCACUGUUCAAUCACAUCAACUAUAAGUUAUCAAUUUACAGAAAAAAGUACAUAUACAGGAAAUGGACACAGGUGAUAGAGGCCAUGAUUGUGGCGGGUAUUACGGGAGUGGUGGGCUUCGUUACUAUCUACUUCUACAAUGACUGUCAGCCAAUGAAAGCUGAGCAAGAAGACUUGGGAGUACAGUUUUUUUGUAAAGAUGGAUGGUAUAGCUCAACAGCCACCAUAUUUUUUCAAACCCCAGAGGCCAGUGUAAAGGAAUUAUUUCAUGAACAACCAGGUUCUUACAGACCUCUAACCCUGACCUUAUUCUGGGCAAGUUAUUUCAUGCUAGCCUGUUGGACGUAUGGGCUCUCUGUACCCAGUGGCUUGUUCAUCCCCAGCCUACUGGUUGGUGCUGCCUGGGGGCGUAUGGUGGGCAUGCUGCUGCAGUAUAUUGUACCUAAUCAGGACUGGACAGACCCUGGAAAAUUUGCCUUGAUCGGUGCUGCAGCACAGCUAGGGGGAAUUGUACGAAUGACAAUAAGCCUGGCCGUCAUCGUUGUAGAGGCCACGUCAAAUGUCACAUUUGGUUUCCCCAUCAUGAUUGUACUUAUUGUCGCCAAAUGGGUUGGAGAUUUCUUUAAUGAGGGUAUCUACGACAUGCACAUCCACCUACAGGGUGUGCCUAUGCUGGAGUGGGAGCCCCCUGUCAUGGCAGCUAACAUCUCCGCCAGGGAAGUGAUGAGCCACCCUGUGUCCGUGUUCAGACGAGUGGAGAGUGUUGGUCGUAUCGUGGACAUUCUUAAAUCAGAGACACACAAUGGCUUCCCUGUAGUAGAUGGUUACACCCCAGAAGACAGCCACACUACAGAACAGUAUCCAGAGACGUUUGGAACAUUCCAUGGCUUGAUACUCCGCUCUCAGCUAGUUGUCCUGCUCAAACUUAAGGUGUUUAAUGAAAAUGAAGACUUGAGUCAGGUGAGGAGAAAGCUAGAGAGUAAAGACUUCAGAGAUGUCUACCCCAGGUUCCCUCCUAUACAGCAAAUCCACAUUUCUCCUCAAGAGAGGGAGUGUACCAUAGAUUUACAGCCGUUCAUGAAUCCAGCUCCUUACACAGUGUAUGAUGUUGCCUCCCUUCCCAGAGUGUUCAGAUUGUUCCGAGCCCUUGGUCUACGACACGUUGUUGUUAUAAAUGACAAAAAUCAGGUGAUUGGUAUGGUGACCAGGAAAGAUGUAGCAAGGUACCGAAUCCUGCGUCAUCGUGGUCAGAUCAGUAUUGAGGAGCUGCUCAUCUCCCAUAGCUAACUGUUUUAUGAUGCACCUGUAGCACUGUAUCAAAUACUGUGUCACAGAUCAGCAUUGAAGAGCAGUUCAUCUCCCACAGCUGUAAGCACUUUAUCAAAUCCUGUCUCACUGUGGUCAGAUCUGCAAUGAGAAGCUGCAGAUCUUCCACAGCUGUUUAUAGUGCACCGGUAGCACUGUUUCAAAUCCUGUGUCACUAGGGUUAGAUCAGCAUUGAGGACCAGCCCAUGUUUCAUUGCUAGCCACUUUACUGUGCACUUGUACCAAGUGCUCAAGGACACUAUUUCCUGUACUGCAUAAAUCUGGUGUUUUCUGACUCUCACCUAAAUGACCUUGCCUUAUGCAACAAACUAGAGGACAAGGUUACUCGUAGAAAAGUAGCGAAAGGAAAUGGUUAUACCAGUUAUGUGAGAUUGUGAAUAGUAGUUUUCUGGGUAUGCAUUCAUUUUCUUCCCAGUAAUAGUCACCCAUGAAACUUUCACGUAUAUAGGAGAAGUUGUUUGUAGGGGCUAGGUAAAACAAGAGAGCAGUCAUCUGGAAAUACAUGCCCAUAUGUACUGCGUAUACAGCGCAGUUGUACAUAUAGCUGUACGGUGUACCUGUCAAAGAGAUUAUGCCUUUCAUUCCUUGAUUUUAAUUGGGAGAAAGCAUUUAGAAAUCUUCCUUACGGUUAGUCUGAACAGUAAAUCAGCAGAAAGCACUUACUUGUUUGCAAAAUUAUAAAGAGCACAUUUACUGUUGCAGAGUUGUUUUUUUAUAUGAUCCCUGGGUUGAUUUGACUGUCCAAAGAAAGAUUAUGUUUUAAUUGCCAAGGAUUUUUAUUCUUUUGCUGUAUCUGAAGUAAGGAAAGAAUAUUCUAAAGUAAUAACGUAUGUGUUUUAUUGAUAAUAAAAACAUUUGUUUAUGUUGACCAAGAGCUUUGGAAUUUAAAUAUAAAGAAGACUUUAGAAAUAUGGUCACAAACGAUUGAAAACAUUUGUGAAUUCCAAAUUGUAAAAAAAGGAAAGAAUUAAUAUCUGUAGUUAUUUUCCAUGUCCUAUUGGGCGUGGGAGCAAUGAAAAUAUCAACGUUCCUGAAAUAAGCACAGUUCAUACAGAGAUGUGGGAGGAGGAGCAGAAGUUGACAUUGGGAAACAACUGAACGUCAGUCUUUCAUUUUUCCUUCGUUUUACACAAAAUUGUGUAUGUAUUCCUUUUUGUAAAUAAAACUAGGCCAUGGUUAACUGCCUUUUUAGUUUUUUAGAUUGUUUAGAUUAGUUGUACAGGCAAGACAGUUUGGUUGACAGAGAUUUUAUGUUCGUAGGAUGUCAUGUUCUACCGUGUUAAGGUGAAGUCAUGAUGUUAGUUAAACACUGGGGAUGUUUUCGCAACCUGUACUUGUUCAAGAAUCUACUUCGGGAGUCUUCUACGUAUGCAGAGUGCAUCUUAGGAAGCAUAUGUACUUAGUGCUAAGUAACCAUUAGCUAAGUGCAUGUCAUGUCUCUACUACAUACAGUGUCAUGGGAACUGAAGGCUUACUCAGCUAAGUGCACUUUAUGAAACCGAGGCCAGUGUAAAUUAAGCGAUUUUUUUUUGCAACGUGCAUUGUGUACGUAUCUUUGUUGGUUUUGUUGUUUUGUAGUAUCUUAAUUUUUGUAACUGGGUAUGAAAGAGACAACUGCAAUUUGACUUUUGUACUGUGCAUUUUAAUGUGAUAUUCACGUUUUACUUCAUUGUUUAGUUAACUGAUAGAAGUGUUCGGAAAAGUUUUGUAGAAAGUCGGAACAAAUUAAAACUUAAAUGACUGGCAUCAUUUUUACUGUUCCACCAGAAAGUAAUCAAAACAUUUAGUUUAUUCGUAUAUUUAACCCAAAUGGAAUGUAGAGAUUUCUGUUUUGUUAUGUGAAAACGAAAAGUAGAAUGUUGUAAGUUAUGCAUUCUGUUAACUGUUUGAGUUGUGAACACAUGUGUUCUUGUUUCUAAGACUUACAUGAUUUACUAUUGCUUUCCAGAGGUUAUCAAAACCAUUUGCAUUUGGUAAAGCUCACCUUUGUGGUGAUCACUUUCAGUAUUUGUUUCUGUUCCUUGUACGCUUUGCCGUAGUAUAUUACUGUCUUGUAAUAUUCAUGCACUAUUUCUUUCCUGUUCGAAGGAAACUGUUACGUGUGGUUUCUUAUGACCUAGUUGUUAUGUGCAAUGGACUAUGUCGUCUACCUCAUAUUUUACCAUAAUGUCUUUUUGAUGAUACUCCUCAGCUUUUGAAUCCUGUUCUUCCUGCUUAAUCUGGUCAUAAUUCUUGUGAAUGACCCAAAGGUACUGAGGCUAGGGAUGAUUCAUCCCCUCAGAUAAAGUGUCCUUCUAAUAGCUCUGUACGGUUUAUCACGCUCAACACUUCUUAGCUCUGUUCCUCUUGAAUGCAUCUACGUUGUUGUAGACAUCAGUAAACUGGAUUAUUUGGCUCAAAAAGUGUAGUACUAUUAAAAGAUAAGCUCAAGACUAGGAUAUUAACCUCGUAUAGCUCAGAAUGAAUGACUUAAUACUGAAAAAUGGGAUUGACAGUCGUCAUUAUUAUCGUGUGUGUGAUGAAGUCCACCCUAAGGCGCAAACAUUCCCUGGCGUCUGUGCCAGACACUUGUAUGCAACUAGGUAUUAGACUUCAGUUCAGUCUGUCAUUGCCUUCAUAUAGUGUCUAAGUUAAGAACUAUUUUUAUGUGAGAGCUUUUGCAUAUCUAGAAAUUCUUUUGCAACGAUAUAUGGGAUUUCACAGGAAUGGCUAUGAAUUGUAUGAAAAAUUUGUUCCAUUAAAGCACUUGUAUACGACUUAA